AACGUCAGUGGAGAAUAACGAAUGGCGACGGCGUCCUUUUCUCAAUAUCGCGUAAAUACCGCAACUGGACACAGCAGCAGUACACAAAACACUGUGUAGACAGCAGGAAAUGCCCUCAGACUGCAACAUGAUUCAGUAUUCAGAGAAAUAUUUCGAUGACAUCUUCGAGUAUCGGCAUGUCAUUCUGCCCACGGAGAUGGCCAAGCACGUCCCGAGAACACACCUCAUGACAGAGACCGAGUGGCGAAACCUGGGCGUGCAGCAGAGCCCCGGCUGGGUGCACUACAUGAUCCACUCUCCGGAGCCGCACAUUCUGCUCUUCCGGAGGCCAAAGCAGUCGUCCGGCAGCACGCGAGGCCAAGCGGAACAGCAGAGCCUCAGCUCAGCACUGUAAAGACGUCCAGAUUCGCCCCAGAAACGUGUACAAAAUCCCAAUGACGCAGCUGCAAAACGUAUUUUGAAGUAAAAGAUGUUUAUGAAGUGUUUUUUUUUUGUAUCUUUAAUAAUAAAAAGCUAAAUACAGAGAAUUAAUUCCAGCUUCUCAGUCUCGGACGGUCUCGUAAGU